CCGUACGCUGACGAGGACUAGCGCUUUAUAUUCAUGCCCGCAUCCUGCCCGUCUUCUUCGUUGUCAUAAACAGCACAUCUAUACUCUGAAAGUGUUUUCGUCUGUGCUACACAAAACUCUCAAUCCUUUUGUUUCUUCUGAAAACAGCACGCAACGGUAGAUAUGUGUCACCAGCCUUUGCGGGCUAAGCCUGGCUGUCACCAUAGGCUUCAUCAACCGCACGCUUUUGGGAGGAGGCGGGCACCCGCAGCGCUGCGCAUUCUGGCGGCACACUCUGCGUCCGCGGUCAGCACCGCUACCUUGAGUGACUCACCACUUCUUGAACUGGGAUGGCCUACGGACUUGAGAGAACAUUAUGUUCAAGGCAAGGUCCUUGGGACCGGCAGCUUUGGAAAAGUGCAUCUUGGGAUAGCUGCGGAGACAGGCCAGGAAGUCGCUAUUAAGACGCUUCCUAAAGAGCGUCCAAAAGUUCCGCGACCAAGGGUUAUUGAGAAGCUUCAACGGGAAGUAAGCUUGUUGGACCGGCUAUCGGGAUGCCCCCGUGUUGUGCAACUUCUGGCGUGCUUUGAGGACGAGAACAGUAUCUACCUGGUGACGGAAGCUUGCCAUGGCGGGGACCUGCAACAGUUCUCUGACGCCUACGGACCGCUUACCGAGCGCUGCCUCGCCCUUGUGGCGCUUGAGGUUCUCCAAGUAGUCCGCAGCUGCCACCGGCAAGGCAUCGUGCACGGAGACGUCAAGCCAGCCAACUUCUGCAUCAAGGAUGCGCACCGGCACCCCUACGCGGCCUCCCUGGUGUCGUUACAACGAACACCCUGGCUGAAGGCCAUCGACUUCGGGUGUUCUCAGCUCCAUUACAACCACACUCGCCUCAGCAAGCGGUCAGGGACACCGGUCUACAUGGCGCCGGAGAUCUUCCGACGCGACUACUCCUUUGAGGUUGACGUCUGGAGCACCGGCGUGCUGCUCUACCAGCUUUUCUGCCGGGCCUUUCCCUUCUGGCAGGGCGACUCGUACAACCGCGCGCUGUCGCUGGAGGAGGUAGCGCGCGCCAUCACGCAAGCCGAGAUUCGCAUGGACUUUGGCCCCUGGCUCACCAUGUCGCCCGAGGGCCUGGACUUUGUGCGAGGCUGCCUCACCAGGGACCCCACGGCGCGGCUCACCCUAGAUGAGGCGCUCUCGCACCCCUGGCUGGAGAUGCAGGUGUCGGCGGCCGCAGCGGCAGCGGCGGGACCGCACACGACCACGACGUCUAGCAUGACGGGCCUGGCGCGCAGCAGCCAGCAGCAGCAGCAACAACAACAGGCGCAACAAGGCCGUCGUGACGCGGCGAUGGCGGCGUAAGGGGAUGCCGGCUGGUUCCCUAAUGGUCGCUAUGCAGCGUGUUAUAGGCAUUGGCGCGGUGUUGUCUCUUAAGCAUCACAGUCGUUGCUUCAAUGCGAGGUGUGUUAGGGGUUAGUUCCUCAUGUGCUGCCCGGCGUGGGUUUAGGGACUUCUACACGAGAGUAGUGAACUGCGUUCCCAACGCAUGGGAGUAAUACUUGUAGGGCGACUUGUGGGAAACAGGCGAAUGUUAGCUGAACACUUGGGGCAGCUUUUUCGGGCGCUGCCGGAUUGGUUGGCGCUCUUCGGUUCGACUCUUUUGAGUUGCCCCAAAGAAAGAACCCGUCAACUUGAGCGUGCGUGUACAGCAACAGUGCGGUGGUUACCAUUGCCCAUGUCUCUUGUCGGACCUACGAUGUGUGAUGGGUACAACGCGACUGGUUAUGCUCUGCUGCUUGGCGGGGGGCGGGCUGUACGGACAGGCGUGUUUGGCUUCGCGGCGGCGACCGUAUGGUUUUGGCCUCACAGAAUGUUGCCCUCCAGCGCUAUGCCAGGAAGCACCUGACUAAAACGCAGGGUGUGUUGACUUGGAUCGGGGGGACAUUCAUCGUGCGUGUGCAUGUGCCGAGUUGGGUUUGCCAUGUGUCCGUCAUGCGCGGCGUGUUCUGAGCUCGGGUUUGCAGGGAUGCGCGAAUCAUGGCGUGUUACGCCUCAUCAUCAUGGCCAUCGUUUUCUGCGCCCUUCUUCACCUACGUUUGGUGUUGCCCUGCCUCCAAUUCAGACAAGCGGUAGUCCUUGAGAUGUGGCAUGAUGUGCGAACUGUAGUUAGGUGUGAUGCAUGGUUUGGCUUGGCUUGUACGGAUACUGGCUUGCGGAGGGGAGCGUGUCGACGUGUGAGCCAGUCGACACGCUGGCUGGUGCUGCCGAGUCUGCAUUGCCUAGAUCCGGCUCCAAAAUGAGAAGACGAAAACUCCUUUAUAGCGCUGUGAAUUUUCCAAACGUGAAGUGUUUCUGGGCGCAAGAACAUCUCUUGUGUUGGCUUACCUUGUGUGUCGUACAACUUGUGUGCGUGUUUGUGUCCUGCUCUCUGUUUCCCAUGUGCCUUAAUUUGUCUUGAGCACUAUUGUACUAUUAGAACCUUGCGUGAUGUGCGUUUUUGGGGGACUUGCCAUACCUAACAAUGGCACCCCGACUGUCUUGCGAUGUGGUUGUGCGUGGUCUUAAUAGGCUUAUGUCCAUUAGCGAUGGGAUUUUGCAUUGCGGCAUGUGCAGUGCAACACCUGGCAUUCCUAUGUUGUCUUUUGCUGGGAUUUUAGGCAAGUGCGGUUAUGCGUUGCUAGGGUCUGCAGUCUUGGUGUAUACAUAAGAGGGACAUGUUCUUCAUGUGCCCUUGCACGCUUGAAGGCUUCACAAGAGAAGACAACACGACGUGACACGCUGAUGGACCAGCACGCCCUCCUGCUGAAGAUGCAUGAAUGGCUGGCUAAGUCCUUUCAUGCGGCCACUGAAAUAUAAUAUUUAUCUUUCAUUUCCAUUUCAGCAGUGCCAAACCGAGGAGUAUGUGAGCGUUUGCCGCGUGAUGAUGAUGAUGAUGAUCAACUGUGUUUGUUAUGCGUUUUAAGCCCAGUCGGUUUUUUCCGUAUAGCCACUAAUCCCAAUCUGGUUGCAGGAGGAUGUAAUAGCAAUAAGGGUUAUCGUUUCCGC